UUUCGUGUGAGCAUCAUUAUUUUCAGAAUGUUAGUGUUCAGUCUUUUGUUUCUACAUUUUCUCACUUGCGUUCUGGGUGGGAAAUUAGUGGUCAUCCAGAAGUGGCCGUCAAGCGCCCCUAUCAGCCCCUAUCAGCCCCUAUAAGGAAUAGUGCGCAAAUGACGGAUGGAGAUCAACCAGCAACAUCACUGGGAGGAUAAUAGGCGGCGAAGAUGCGCUUCCUGGACAGUUCCCUUGGCACAGUUUGCAUUUCCUGACUACGUUUGCGGAGGAAGUCUCAUUGCUGCUGACGUCGUUCUCACAGCCGCUCACUGCGUCGUGGACUUGAAUGAGUCCGGUAUGAAGGCCACUAAAGUCUUUGGCGGAAUGGUCAAUCCUUCCAGUGUCACUCAAGUCAGACAUGUCGCCGCGAUAGUAUAUCACGAGGAGUACCUGGAUGGAGAACCCUACAAUGAUGUAGCCUUGGUGAAAUUACGAAGACCUUUCAACAUAAAAGGCAGCGGGGGUACAAUAGGAACGAUCACGCUGCCGUCCAUAAACACAGAAGUACAGGACCUCGUCUUGGUGACUGGAUGGGGAGUGGUGUCCCCAAUGAACGACGAGGCUCAGGCGCUGCAAGUCGUGGUGCUUCCUGUGCUAGAUUACUACUUAUGUCCAGACAGACGAGCAUUCUGUGCCGGCGAAGUAGAGCUCACAACGUGCAGUGGCGACUCUGGAAGCGCCGUCGUCCAGUAUGAAGACGGGCAAGCAGUUGUUGUUGGAAUCGUCGCUUUUGGCAGCGAAAUAUGUGGAGAAACUCCUAGUACAUUCAUGAAGGUUACGUUCUACCUUGACUGGAUUUUACGUCAUACGAAAAAUCUGAGACAAGGACAGUUUUCGAAAGCCAGCACCGAAGCCGUCUGGGCGGUGAUCGAUAAAGCGAUUUGGGGGUGAAAGAAACCGUAAAUAAAACGCUUCCGAUUAUAUAA